GAGAAAUAACCGCUGCAGUUGCUUCUCUCCCCGCCGCUCAUUGAGCGUAUUUGCCGCAGUUCAGUUAGGUUCUGCUCACUGAGGAUUUCCUCCACGCUGUGGCCGCCGGACACCAACCACUCUUCGCGGCGGAACACAACGUCCGCUCGCAGUGGGGUCCGACCGGGAAGCAGCCCCGGAGCGGCGGACCGGUUCCAGGUCCGGUUCCGGGUGCGGAGCGCGCAAUCAUCCUGAUACCUGCCGAACUUGUUGCAGAGCAAAUAGCGCAAACAUUGCGGGAAGAUCACGCGCAGAAAAGACGGGAUUGAACGGAUUGAAAGAAGGCUUUGGAGUUUUUUUUUUGUUUGUUUUUUUUGUUGUUUUUCUCCGUGGUGAUGAGUUUGUUUGUUUGAUGUCUUCUUUCACUCUGAAGCUUUAAAACAAACAAAAAGAUUCCGGAGUGGUUCAGGUCUGAGUCUGUGGAUUUACUUUUAUUUUCCUUUUCUUUUUUUGCGUUUUUACGCGUUGAUUUUGUGCAUAAAGAUCUGGCCGCCUCUCCUCCUCCUCCCCCCGAAUGUCCUCCUGCUGCUCCGGCGCUCCGUGAACCCUCAUCGAGCCUCCGCAAAGCUCCGGGAGAAGGAUGGCUGCAGGCGUCGCAGCAUGGAUGCCGUUCGCCCGAGCGGCGGCUAUCGGUUGGAUGCCGGUUGCCAGCGCGCCCAUGCCAGUCCCCCCAAAGGAGAAGCAGCGCGGGCGGAACCGGCUGAUCAUGCUGAAUGUGAGCGGCACAAAGUUCCAGACGUGGCGGGACACGCUGGAGCGGUACCCAGACACCCUGCUGGGCAGCUCGGAGCGGGACUUCUUUUUCCACGAGGAGACCAACGAGUUCUUCUUCGACCGCGACCCGGACAUCUUCCGUCACAUCCUCAACUUCUAUCGCACCGGGAAGCUGCACUACCCGCGACAGGAGUGCAUCUCCGCGUACGACGAGGAGCUGGCGUUCUUCGGCAUCAUCCCGGAGAUCAUUGGGGACUGCUGCUAUGAGGACUACAAGGACCGGCGGCGGGAGAACCAGGAGCGGAUCCAGGACGACGAGGAGAAUGAGCAGACCAACGACCUGAUCUCCGUGGACAUGAGCUUCCGCGAGACCAUGUGGCGAGCCUUCGAGAACCCGCACACCUCAACCAUGGCGCUGGUCUUCUACUACGUCACCGGCUUCUUCAUCGCGGUGUCGGUUCUGGCCAACGUGGUGGAAACGGUUCCGUGUGGUGCCGCGCCGAACCGCGUCAAGGAGAUGUCGUGCGGUGAGCGGUAUGCGCUGGCGUUCUUCUGCCUGGACACCGCAUGUGUCAUGAUAUUCACCGUGGAGUACCUGCUGCGGCUGCUGGCCGCGCCAAGCCGAUACAAGUUCGUAAAGAGUGUGAUGAGCGUAAUCGACGUGGUGGCCAUCAUGCCAUAUUACAUCGGCCUGGUCAUGACGGACAACGAGGACGUCAGCGGCGCUUUUGUUACCCUACGUGUCUUCAGGGUCUUUCGUAUUUUCAAGUUCUCCAGGCACUCUGCGGGACUUCGCAUCCUGGGCUACACACUGAAGAGUUGCGCGUCCGAGCUGGGCUUCCUGCUCUUCUCUCUCACCAUGGCCAUCAUCAUCUUCGCCACCGUUAUGUUCUACGCUGAGAAAGGAUCCAGCGCGAGCAAGUUCACCAGUAUCCCUGCUGCCUUCUGGUACACCAUCGUCACCAUGACAACAUUGGGGUACGGCGACAUGGUGCCAAAGACCAUCAUGGGGAAGAUCUUUGGCUCCAUCUGCUCCCUGAGCGGUGUGCUGGUUAUCGCCCUGCCGGUGCCCGUCAUCGUCUCCAACUUCAGCCGAAUCUACCACCAGAGCCAGCGAGCUGAGAAGAGGCGAGCCCAGAAGGCGUCCAAGGAGGCGGGCCAGGCGCUGGUGUAUAAAACCAACCCAAACAUCGAUCUGCAUCACCAUCACCUGCUGAACUGUCUGGAGAAGACCACGAACCAUGAGUUUGUGGACGAGAAGAAAUAUGAGAUGAGCAGCAGGGAGGUGAGUCAGGUGAAGCAGGUGUCGGGCUCUUCUUCCACCCCCUCCUCUCCUCAUGGCCUCUCCUGCUGCGCCCGUAAGAAGAGAAAGACCUUCAACAUCCCCAACUCCAACUUAUCAGUGGGUCUGCAGGGCAGCAUCCAGGAGCUGAGCACCAUCCAGAUCAGAGAGCGACCGAUCAGCAACAGUCGAUCCAGUCUGAAUACCAAACUCCAGGAGACGCUUCCCCUGAAUUGCGAGGAGUCGUACCUCACCGCCGCCAUCAUCAGCAUGCCCACGCCACCUGGAACCACUCCAGAGGGUGACGAAUCCACCAGUUCUUCCCAGUACUCCCAGGCCAACAUCGUCCGGGUGUCCACACUCUAGACUCCACCCAGUCCUCCCUAACCACCACAAUGAUGCUGGAGGUCGGGAGUUGGUAGAGACCUGGAUGCAGGUUCUGUGGCACAUCUUGGAAAUGAUAGCUUAAAUUCUGCCACCCUGCAACAGAGACAUGGGUGGAUGCGUACACACUGGAGAUCUUUUUCUUUGGGAUUUUUAUUCUGUAACAAAAGGAGAAGUGACAUAGCAAUAGCUUGGCUGGGGGUGGAUCUGUUUUCCUGGACAAGCAAACCUUUUACAGCACUGUAAGCCAGAAAUGUCUGCUACAGCCCAGGUUUUAGUGGAAAUAGAUCAUUUUUAUUCAGCGCAAAGGCUGGGAGCAGAUCCAAACUUCAGGUCCUUUGUAAAGUCUCAGCUAAUCCACUAGACAGAACAUGAGUAGCAUGUCUGGUUUACGUCUUGCAGCCCCUACAGCAGCUUUGAUUCACUUCCUGGUCCUGACUGAGCCUCACAUAAGUCUGAGCCAUAGACUGUAUUUAAAAGAUGGACGGAGCCUCCGUGACGUCACCUGUAGGUUUCUGAAGAGCUGAAUUAAAGCUCACUGGGCAGUUACCACCAUCGCCA